AUGGCGAGCAUGACUUCGAGUCUUGUGUCUCAGAUGUGCAGCUUUGGACGCCGCGAUUGCAGCCUGGUGGUGUCAUGGCAGGUCAUGACUAUAGUGCCAGCUCCCAUGGCGUGGUGCGAGCAGUGCAACAUUUGUUGCCGGAUGGCCGCUCACUAUACCUGGGUCCUCAUGGAGUGUGGUGGUGGUACGUUUGACGCACAGUUUGCGGGCGAAGUCGAAGUCCGAAGUACAACGAGAAGUUCUGACAUGGUGGGCGUCGUCGCGGGUGCGUCGCGCAAUUUGAGCCAGCUGGAAGCCAUCGACGAGAUUCGUGCGUUGCAGAUGUAUGUUUUGACCGACGCUUCGACUGUGGUACGCGAUUGUGAGCCAAAUGCGCACAGCUGCGAUGAUUUUGGCCUUUGGGCUGAGGAGAAGACAAAGGCCUAUGCUUGGAUGGACAGUGGAGAUGAAGGAGACGAUGGAAGCGAAGGUGAAGCGCGCUCUCGCUCAUCCUCUCCACAGGCGGCAGUGCAACCUGCAGAUGUGGAGACGCUGCCGCAGAUGUUGCGCCUGGCAGAGGUUUUCAGCCGACGUCCCGUGCAGGAGUUGUGCGAACAACCCCAGGAGCUGUGUGCAGUUUGCGCCGCUGCAGCGCGUGUGAAAUUUUACGACCCAGGGCUGUUUGAGACCUUGGGUCCAGCGCUGAAGAAAUGCUUUCAGAUGGGGUUGGACGGCCCUGGCCAGGCUAGUGCCAAGCGCUUCAGCCUUCUGGAGGCCUUGGACGUGCUGAAAGCGCUCUCCCAGCUCAAUGCAGCAAAGGCCUUGUCCACGGUCUUCACCGCUGCCAUCAAGGCCAUUGAGGCGGAGCUGAGAAGCGGCGGCGGCCUGGACACUUCGCAGAGAAAAUUCCUGCGGGAGACCUAUAGCAAUGCUGGCCGCGAAGAGGAUGUGGCCUUCCUAUCGCAGUUGCGCGCGGAUCAGGGACCACCGGCAUCCACAAGAGAAGGUUUGAACACCGCAGGUCUUCCCAUGCGACCGGGCGCUCGGAUUUGCGAAAGCUUCGCCAAGAACGGCACUUGUCGUGUGGGCACCGCCUGCCGCUUUGACCACCCCGAGGGGAUGAAGGUCACUUUCAACUCCGAAGGGUUUCCAAUGAGACCAUGGGCAACGGUUUGCCCUUACUACAUGUCGAUGGGCACUUGUGACUUCAAGCGGAAUUGCAAGUGGCAUCAUCCGGACAAGCGCGAGCGUGGCAAGUAG